AUGCGUCUCCACAACAUCGCGUUGGUGAUUGCACCCGCUCUCCUAGCAGGUACCGAUUCCGCCACAUCAACCUCCGAGCAGACCAGACUCGGGGCUGUGAUUUCGGCGGAAACCGAACUCUCGACUCGCUCACUUACUGCUGGCGCGGACAAAAGACAGCUUCGUGACCACACACCCGAGCUCGCAGCCGUCGAUGAAGAGAGAGAUCUGUUCGAGAUGGCCAAGUUCUACUACUGGCGCAAGAAGGGCUACCGACCUGGCGAUAUCUACAAGAGGUUUUUCGACGGGGUGGACCGCAAGACUGUCGAAAACAACCCCAACUACGAGGUCUGGCAAAGGUACAAUACUUAUUACGAAGAGGAGACGAAAGCCGAGUAA